AUGGAACGAACAAACCUUUUGGAAAAACUCAGUAACUUAGAAUCUCAAUUUGAAGAAUAUCAUUUAUUUAAAAAAGCAUACGAAAAAUAUAAUCUUAUUAAUCAAGAAAACAUGAAACUGAAGCAUCAAAUCAAUGAACUCACACUGGAAAUAGAUAAAUUGAGAGAAGAUAGCACUAACCUGAGCAACAAAAUUGAAACACCCAAUGCUUGUUAUAGACACAUCGAGCCGACUAUUGUCGCAAAGAAUAAUAGUGAAGAAUUAUUUAUAACGACUUCCAACGGUCAAGUUAUCGACUAUUUUGAGGAGGAAAUGAGAGAAUUAACAAGUACUAUACAGCAAAUGAACCUGGAUAUGGCUUUUAAAAACAGCAAAAUUGAUGCUCUUUUAAAUGAAAACAAACUCUUAAAAUCAUGUGCUGUAAAUUAUCAGGCCAAUUUUUCCUCCCCUCCUCUAGAGAAGUCAGUGAUAAACUCUACAGCAUCCACUCCAAAUUUUAUCAAUCAAACCUAUGUAAAUUUACAUGACGAUUUGAAGGGCAUCAUCGAGGAAAGGCAAAACAUAUUACAUCCAAAACUGCCUCACCCAGAACCUAUUCUUAAGAUUCACACAUCAACUCAAACACCAACAAUUCAUACACACUCGCAAUUCACAUCAACCAAAGAUUUCAUUUCAAGUAACGAUUGUUCUAUUCAAGUGACUGAAAAUGAUAUGUUGCCGAGACCUUCUCCAGCAGAAAUUUGUUUGAAUUCUCCUUCUCCUCCCAUCCCUUCACAACUCUCCAUCAUUUCAAAUCAUUUGAUGCAAGCCAACACAGCAACACUUGCAGAAAGGUUUAAGGAUUUCUCAGCCUUAGGAGCAAUUCAUGCAGCUAAAAUUCAAAAAUCUCAAAAAACCAAUAGUAUCACUAGUAAGAAUGUUGGUGUGACACCUUCCAAAACAAAAAAGACGUUCUCAGCAUCACCCACUGUCACACAGAUGACAACAAAAUGCUCUUCUUCACCCAUCAUGAUACAAUCAAGUUCCUACAUUGACCCAAAGAGUUUACCCUACUUUGAUAAUCAGUACAGAGUUUUCAUUCAAGAGCAUUCCUAUAAGCGUUGA